AUGACUGUUACACUCCGUCCAAAACACAUAUCUUUUGGAUUCUACACCGACGAGGACAUUCAAAAACUCAGCUCAGUUGAAAUCACAGAAAUAAAUGCAUUCGAUGGAUUUGGACAUCCUGUUGCUGGCGGACUGUAUGACUUGAGAAUGGGCCCGAUCGAUCUGGCAUCAAAUUGCAAAACUUGCAAUCUGUCGUUUUUCAACUGUCCUGGGCACUUUGGACACAUAAAACUCUGCAAGGUGAUUCUCAAUCCAUUGGCAUUUAAGCAGAUGAUGUCUAUUCUGAAGGCUGUUUGCCUCAAGUGCAGGAAUUUUCGGAUCACAAAUCACGACAGGCUCAUCAUGUUCUGCAAGUUCUCGCUACUCAGAAAUGGAGUGAGCAUCAGUGGGCUAGACAAUCUGUAUACAGUGCAGGAUGAGAAUGAAAUCUACAAUACUGUAAUGGAAAAAGUCAAGGCCUCUGAAGUAUGCAAGACAAACUCAAUGAUAGAUAGCCAUCAGGCACUUGCAAAUGAUUUUUUCUCAAGCAUAGCAUUCAGAAAGAAGUGUGUAAGAUGCGGAUACAAAAACCCAAAGAUUGUUGCUGGAUCAACUCUCAAGGUGUUCAAGGACUUCAAGGGAGACAACGAAAGAGGCAGUGAGGAAAAGGAUCUUGAGUUCUUUUCGCCAGAAGCAAUCGAAGAGCUUUUUUGUGAUUUGUUUCUGAAUGAGGAGGAUCUUCUUAUGUCCAUCUUUUGCUCUUCUAACUACAAGAUGUUUUUUAUGAAGAAUGUUGCUGUUACACCAAACAGGUUCCGUCCAGUCUCUUUUGUGAAUGACAAAAAGACGGAAUGCUUGGACAAUGCAUUACUGCGCGAUGUUUUGAGAUCCAAUCUAAUGAUGAUGGCUGAUGUGUCAUAUUGGUCUCAGCUGCAAUUAUGCGUGCUUUCACUGUUUGAUAGCGCAAAAAUGCCAAAAUGGAGAAGUACUUCAUUAGUCUCCCCAUCUGGAUACAAACAAGUUCUUGAGAGGAAGGAUGGGCUGUUCAGAAAGAACAUGAUGGGAAAGAGAGUUAACUUUGCUGGGCGUACAGUGAUAUCGCCUGAUCCGAAUCUUGAAACCAGGGAGAUUGGGAUUCCAAUGGUUUUUGCAGAGAAGCUGACGUUCCCGGAAAAGGUGAACAUAUUCAAUGCAGACAAGCUUAGAAAGGCAGUUCUGAAUGGAGCGAGCUAUCCGGGCUGCUUGUAUGUCCAGGAUAAGGAUGUACUGCUAAGUCUGAUUCAUAUGCCUGAGGACAAAAGAUAUGCACUUGCAAACCAGAUUCUUGAUGGAAAUAAGGUAGUGUGGAGGCAUUUGGUCGAUGGAGAUGUUGUUUUGGUUAACAGGCAGCCUACACUUCACAAAGUAAGCAUCAUGGCACACAAAUGCAAGGUUCUCAAAGGCGAAAAGACACUGCGGAUGCAUUAUGUGAACUGUAAGUCGUAUAAUGCAGACUUUGAUGGCGAUGAGAUGAACAUUCACUUUCCACAGAGCUACGCUGCAGAGUCAGAAGCAAGGUUCAUACUAAUGAAUGACUUCAACUAUCUGGUGCCUACAGAUGGAAGCCCGAUAAGAGGACUCAUGCAGGACUAUAUAAUAGGUGCAACGAUUCUUACGAUGAAGGACUCGUUCUUUACACAGGAGGUCUACUUUUCGUUAGUGGUAUGUGGGCUUCCGAGUGGACGGAUCAGUCUAGAACGGCCCUGCAUACUCAAACCAAAGAAGCUGUAUUCUGGAAAGCAAGUGAUUUCCACAAUUAUCAAGAAUAUGGGCUUCAAGAUUUGCAUGCAGAUUGAUACGAAAAUCAGGAAAGAGUUCUGGAAAGGACACAUAGAGGAAGAAAGGGUUGUUGUGAGGGAUGGAGACAUUCUUAUGGGUGUGCUGGAUAAAAGCUCGCUGGGACAAAGCUCGAUGUCGCUGAUUCAUGCAUGCUCGGAGGUGAUGGGAGGAUCUGCAUGCAACGAUCUCAUGACAUAUAUUGGCAGGGUGAUUAAUCGGUAUAUGCUUAUGUAUGGGAUUACGGUGGGCAUUGAUGAUUUGCUGCUUUCACCUGAUGCAGACAUGGCAAGGAAGGAAUUGAUGAGGAUAAAAAAUGCACAGGCUGCCGAAGUUCAGCAAAAGUUCCUGUCUGAAAAUCCGGACUACUACUUACAUUCUGACAAGAUCAAUUAUAUUGAUUCGGUGAUGAGAGAGGAGAUGAAUAAGGUGACUUCUGCGAUAGUGAAUGUGUCGGUGCCAUCUGGGCAGAAGAAGUGUUUUCCAAGCAAUAACAUUGGACUGAUCGUCAUGACAGGGGCAAAAGGAUCGAUUGUGAACCUGAGCCAGAUAUCUGGGGGAUUGGGGCAGCAGGAGCUCGAAGGCAAAAGGGUUCCUGUGAUGGCUAGCGGAAAGACGUUGCCAUGCUUUGGACGCCUUGAUGCAGAUCCUUGCUCUGCAGGAUACAUAUACGAAAGGUUUUUGUCGGGAAUUCCCCCGUCACAGUUUUUUUUCCAUUGCAUGGCAGGUAGGGAAGGGUUGAUUGACACAGCAGUAAAGACAGCAAACUCUGGGUAUCUGCAGCGAUGCCUCGUGAAGCACAUGGAAAGGAUGAAGGUUGAGUAUGACAUGUCAGUAAGGACAGAAAACAAGACAAUACAGUUUAUGUAUGGCGAAGACGGGAUUGAUAGUACAAAAGCCAGAUAUUUGGAGGAGUUUGGAUUCUACAAGGAGAACGAAAAGCUGUUCAGAAACUCAUGUGUUAAUGAAAGAUGUGGUAAGUAUGAGAUGGUGUCUCGAAGGUUCCAAAAGAUGCUUGAUGAAGUUGAUGAUGAAAGGUUCCGAUAUUUUCUAACAGGAAGAUACAUAAAUGGACUAGUUAAUCCUGGAGAGUGUGUGGGAGUAUUAGCGGCACAGUCCGUAGGAGAGCCUUCUACUCAGAUGACGCUGAACACGUUCCAUCUUGCAGGUGUUGGGGCAAAGAACAUGACGCUUGGAAUCCCAAGGCUUAGAGAGAUUCUGAUAACAUCAUCUAAGAACAUCAAGACACCCAUAGUAAGUGUUCCUAUAAAGAAUGAAGUGAGGUUUGACAUAGUGGAGUGCUUGAAGAGGGUGACACUAAAGGAUUGCAUAACGAGAUUUAGUGUGAACGAAGAGAUUGUUAUAGUUGAUGGAGUAUUCCAAAAGAAGAUUGUAAUGGAGUUUGAAGUAGGUUGCUAUGUUGAACUGACAGCAAAAGCACUGGCCAAGAAAUUUAUGAAAGUAUUUAGAAGGAAGCUAAAGAGCCUGACAUGCAUGAAUCCUAGCAAUGGGAUAGUAGAAACAUUGAAAGACACAGAGAGUCAAGAAGAAUCUGAGAUAUAUGAAAAUGAUUGCGAUACUGAAGCUAUAAAUGAGGAUAUUAAAGAAAAAGCCAACGAUAGCAACAGCGAUGAAGACACAGACAGUAACGACACAGACAAUCAAGUGAAUGCGAAAGAAGCAUUCUCGUCUGACUUUGAGAAUGAUGUGGUGUUUAACCACGAAAACAGUAGUGAGGAUAUUGAUGAUGUGAACGAUGAUGAAUAUGAAUGUGCAGAGGAUGAAUUUAUUAACUUUACAAGAAAAACAAAAAAUGUGCUUGCGUUUGAGAUUAUGUAUCCUUCUGGAAUGAAUGAGAUGAUUCCUUCGCUUGUUGAAUCGAUUCUUCCGGAUAUUUCUGUAAAAGAGAUUGCUGGAAUAACCAAGGCAAGCAUAUCUGAAAAUAUGCUGUUUGUUGAAACAAGGGAUUUGUGUUCAUUAGCAAGCAAUGUAAAUGUCUGCUCAAGAAACACAAUCAAUCUACUGGAUGUGAUUGAUAUAUACAAUUCCGAAUCAAAUGAUAUUUACAAUGUGUACCAGGUUCUUGGAAUAGAAGCAGCAAGGCAUUCAAUAGUCAAUGAGGUGAAAAGAGUAUUUGAUGUGUAUGGGAUAUCUGUAGAUGCACGCCAUCUGCUGUUGAUUGCAGACUACAUGACCAGAAAUGGAGAGUACACGCCGUUCAAUAGAAGUGGGCUAGGUGCGUCAGACUCACCUUUUUUGAGGAUGAGUUUUGAAAGCUGUUAUAACAUUAUCCAAUCGAAUGUGAUCUUUCAUCAAGAAGACAAUCUUUUUGUGCCAUCUGCGUCACUGGUUGUAGGAAAUCCUGUCGAGUGUGGAACUGGCUCAUUUAGUUUAAUGUAUUCCAUUGGCAUUCCCAAUAAAACCUAG